AGGAGCGGCAAAGGGAGUCGGUUCUAGCAUCUCUUCCGCCUGCUCGGUCUUUUUUCUUUCGAUCCUCAGCGGCUUUCGCUUUACCUCCGCCGAGAAACACCCAGUGCUAGACACCACUCGUUUUCGCCACGGCGUUGUUUGCCCGCUACAUCGGAGGACCUUGUCGCCAGCGCUGAGUGUCAUGCUGAGGCUGCUCUUCCUGGCUGCGCUCGCCGGCUUUGCCCGAGCAAGCGACGUACUCGAGUACACGGACGACGACUUCGAAAGCAAAAUUGGCGACCAUGAGCUCGCCCUCGUCGAGUUUUUCGCGCCGUGGUGCGGCCAUUGUAAACGUCUUGCUCCAGAGUAUGAGGCAGCAGCCACACGCCUAAAAGGUGUAGUCUCCCUGGUCAAGGUUGACUGCACAGCCAACAGCAACACCUGCAGCAAAUACGGAGUCAGUGGCUACCCCACUCUGAAGAUCUUCAGGGAUGGAGAAGUCUCUGGUCCCUACGAAGGUCCCAGAACUGCAGAUGGGAUAGUAAGUUUGCUGAAGAAGCAGGCUGGCCCCGCCUCUGUGGAGAUUAAGACCGAAGCAGAAUAUGAGAAGUUUAUCGCAGACAAAGACGCAAGUGUUGUCGGGUUCUUUGCUGAUGACAAGAACGCCGCAAACGCCGAGUUCCAGAAGGCCGCCAGCACCUUGAGGGAGAACUACCGCUUUGCCCACACAUUCUCUGAGGCGCUCCUCAAGAGCCAGGGCAUCGACCAAGAAGGUGUCAUCCUGUUCCGCCCGCCAAGACUCAGCAACAAGUUUGAAGACAGCACAGUCAAAUUCAGCGAGGAGAAAUUCACCAGCAACAAAGUCAAGAGAUUUAUUCAGGACAACGUCUUUGGAAUUUGCCCGCACAUGACAGAUGACAACAAAGACCAGUUCAGGGGGAAAGACCUGCUUGUGGCUUAUUACGACGUUGACUAUGACAAAAACCCCAAAGGCUCGAACUACUGGAGGAAUAGGGUGAUGAAGGUGGCCAAGAGCUUCCUGGACCAGGGCAAGCAGCUCAGCUUCGCAGUGGCCAGCAAGCUCUCCUUCAGCCACGACUUGUCUGAGUUUGGCAUGGACAACACGGAUGGAGAGCUUCCCCUGGUGGCCAUCCGCACCUCUAAGGGAGACAAAUAUGUCAUGGUGGAGGAGUUCUCUCGUGAUGGAAAAGCUCUCGAGAGUUUCCUGCAGGACUUCUUUGACGGCAAGUUGAAGCGUUACCUCAAGUCGGAGCCCAUCCCAGAGGACAACAGUGGACCCGUCAAGGUUGUGGUGGCAGAGAACUUUGACGCCAUUGUCAAUGAUGACAGCAAAGAUGUGCUCAUUGAGUUCUACGCUCCCUGGUGCGGACACUGCAAGAGUCUGGAGCCCAAAUACAAGGAGCUUGGAGAAAAGCUUGCCAACGAUCCUAACGUGGUCAUUGCCAAGAUGGACGCCACAGCCAAUGAUGUGCCGGCACCUUAUGAAGUCUCUGGAUUCCCAACAAUCUACUUUUCACCAGCCGGCCAUAAGAUGAAACCAAAGAAGUAUGAUGGAGGUCGCGAGGUGAAUGACUUCAUCUCCUACCUAAAGAGGGAGGCAACCAACCCCUUGGAGAUGCAGGAAGAGUCCAAGAAGAAGAAGAAGAAAACUGACAAGAUUGACCUAUAAGCAAGAAUCUUCACAUGGGAUCACGAUAUCCCUGCCACGACUGGAGGAAGAUGGUUUGGGUAAUGCACACAGAGAUGAAAGAACUAAAUUCUAUUCUACUGUCUUAGUGAACUACAGAAUGCUCUGAAGCCAAGUUGAAAGUCCAUUGGGUCCUCUGCUGCUCUGGGAAUCCCUUUUUUGAAGAAGCAGGAGAGCUGCUGCAAGGCCUGACUGUACAAAACAAAAACACUUUUUUUUUUUUUUUUAAAGUGAAGAGGGAACAGCGUUUCAAAAUUUGACAUUUUUUGUUUUAAGAUUUCCAGUCUCUACUACA